AGCUCAAUUUCUAGUGCCCAUCCAUCAACUGAAUCGCCCGCUUAAGACAAGAAAGUAACACAUCAACUUAGAUUCUAUCCUUAUCUAACUCCUCCAUUUGUUGGCCUUCUUCUUGAAGCUUUUCCUUUCCCUUUUCCCCAUCAGCGACGCUGAAAAUUAUUUACUUCAUUUUACGGACAGUUGUUCAGGAGCUGGGAACGUUGAAAUCGGUGGUUGGACAUGAUUCAACACCUCCAAGUUUCGAGGCUGAGAAUUGUGGUAUGGCAGAAGCAAGAGAUCAAAGAUUAAGUAUCAUCCAUGAAGAUGACAUUGAGCUAGCACCUUUGUAUUCAAUGGAUUCUAGCCUCUGUUUGUAUACACUUGAAUUUCCCCGUCAGAACCUGUUUCAGACAGACUGCAAAUGCCAGCAUAUCUCUGUUCAUACUGUUACUCAGUCUUCUCCUUCUCCCGUACUUUCAUGUGUAGAGAAGCCACCUAAACAUGCUCAUGUUUCACUCAUACCAGUUGCCAAUUCAGAUACAAAUUCAUGCUGUCAGCCAGCAGCAUCUAACACCCUCCAAGACAUACAUGUAUCAGCACGGUUGAUGGACAAUUUUCUUGAACUUGCUAGAGAAAAUACAGAGAAGGAUCUGGAAACCUGUGGGGUUCUUGGUGCUUUCCUUGAAAAGGGCACUUACUAUGUUACCACCCUGAUAAUUCCCAAACAAAAGUCAACUUCCAAUUCUUGCGAGGCUAUAAAAGAGGAAGAAUUUUUUGCCAUACAGAAUGAACAUUCACUUUUUCCUGUGGGAUGGAUUCAUACACAUCCUUCUCAAAGUUGUUUCAUGUCAUCAAUAGAUCUACACACUCAAUACUCGUAUCAGAUAAUGAUACCAGAGGCCAUUGCUAUUGUCAUGGCUCCAACAGAUUCCUCAAGGAGCUAUGGAAUAUUCAGGCUAUCUGACCCAGAUGGGAUGGAUGUUCUGAAGGAGUGUCAGGAGACUGGAUUUCAUACUCACAGCGAACCUGCAAAUGGAAGCCCCAUUUAUGAGCACUGCUCCAAUGUAUAUACAAAUUCUAACCUGAGGUUUGAAAUCUUUGACUUGCGCUGAUGUAUCCCGUUCUUUCAUCAUCAACUGCUUGUGUACAUGGACAAAUAGGAACAUGGCCUUCAUCACCAUGUGUAACAAGUUUUGGCUGAGGCAUCACAUAUCAUAAUGACAAUGCAUAAGGACAAAACAUAACGCAGAGUAGAUGCGUGUGUUAUUGUUAGUAACUGAUGGUCACAAUCUGAAGAGUUCUUGCCUACUGUUA